AUGCAGUUCAGUGUCCUCUCCCUCAUCUUUGCCAGCGUCGCCGCCGCUCAGAACGUGGCCACUCUCUUCUCCGAGCCCGACUUCAAGGGCUCCACCUACGACAUCAGUGGCACUGACGAUGCUCUUGGUGUCUGCAACCCAGUCACCGGAUUCCCCAAUGUCAAAUCCAUCAAGGUAAAGGAAGGCCACGCCUGUGUUCUAUACAACACCGCCACCUGCGAUGUCCCCUACGCCGCUUACCAGUCCGAUACCGCCAACACCAUUGUCAACGGCGCAUUCUCCGCCUUCUCUUGCGCCGUUUCCAUCCCUGGCGGUCCUUUCGGCGGCAACUAA